CACGAGAACUGAGGCGGUACGCGACACCCUGUUUCCGGAUACGGAUCUACAUUUUACAGUGGCACCUUUAGUUUUUCCAGUUUAGAAAAAUGUGAUUUGCAAAACAAAUGUUCACGUUUGUCAGGCGUGAGUAUUUGGUUUAAGGCCUUCUGUUGCAAGUAGGAACCUCUGUUGCUGGACGCUUGUGUUCAGUUUUGCGAUAUCAGUAAGCUCAACUUUGGCGCCUUCCUACUCUGCAGUAGUUGAUGGAAGAGUCUGCCCCCGUGCUUCGCAGAUAACAGCUGGGAAAGUAGAAGAGAGUCAAAUACGCCCGGAGGAAAAGAUGGCUCCUGGGAUUCAGGCAGUGGUAAGUGCUGCCCAAGCCUGGCUGCAGUCAUCCUGGCAAGUCCAGGUGCCCUUUGCCUGGCUAGAAGCCUGUGUGGAAUGGCUACAAGGAGAGGCAGGAGGAGCAGCUCAUCUGUCACAACAGCAAAUCAACCAACAGGCACUGGACCAGUGGCUGUUAACAGACCUCAGAGACCUGGACUUUCCUGUCCUCCCUGAAGGGCUUGCUCAGGCCCAGAAGACCGAGCUCUGUGGCACUUUUUGCGUUCAGGUUGACUCAUUAUUGGACAUCAGUCAGCCGGUGUAUGGUCAGCUGCAGAAGUGGAGGGGCACAGAUUGUGCCAAUGACGAGGUGUCUGCUGUCACACAGGCCACCCAGAGGUCCUGGGAAGCCAAACCCACCCGUAUGCUACUACUGCAGGUGACAGAUGGAGUUCAGAGCCUGGAGGCCAUGGAGUAUCAGCCGAUCCCGGUUCUCAGUGCGGCACUCAGGCCCGGUGCAAAGUUGCAGCUGCACGGGAAGAUAGUUUGCAGACUUGGUGUUUUGCUUUUGGGGCCGUCCAACAUCAAAAUCUUAGGUGGUGAGGUCGAAGACUUGGUGGACAGGAAUAACCAGGGCAGGGUGCUGUGUCGGACACUGGGACUUCCUGAUGAGGAGCAGCAGCAGGAAGGAGAGGAGGCUCCAGCACAACAGCAAGGUAACCAGGAAGUGGAGGAGCUAGAUCUUGAUGAUGCCGAGUUGUUAGCCAGUCUUGAGGCUCAGGAGGAAGUUGAAAUGCUUCAGGUUGAACCUGCUCGAGACAGUGGCUACAGCACGCUGCGUGAGACUUCCACUCAGUCCUCGAGAACCUCGUCCGUCAGGAGCCUUGUCCCAGAAACCUCAUCCAGAAGUCAAAUCUCCACCCGCUCUGACAGAGGUGGUUUGACCCGAAGCAACAGAGGUGGUUUAUAUCAGGGUUAUCUAAAUGAUGAUAAACAAGUGGAAGCUGACAUCUUUGGCUCAGUCCCCUCUGAUGAAAUUCAUCAAGAGUUCCAAGAUCACAACAUGGCAGACGAAGACUUUCCUGAUGAAGACUUUGACGACCUUCCCCUGGAUGAAUUGGACAGUGUGAUUUUCCUGGAAAAUGUUCCUACAUCAUCUGACAGCAGUUACAGACACACACCACAGAACAGCAGAACAACAGGAAAUUCAUCAAAAGCAACAAAACCUCUAGCUGCACAGUUUGAAUCACGCAAUUUGAGUGGCUCUGGGUCACGACUCGGGUCUAUCAACUCCAGAUCCAGCACACAGAAAAGAGACACUAGUGAAGCUUCAUGGCAAUUAACAACAACUCCCAAGCCAUUCCUUUCUCCAGCAGCUUCAGAGGAAACGCAUGAAUCAGAAUUUGCUAGUAAUGAUGAGAUUGAGUUUGUGGAAGAAGAUAUGGACUGCAUUUUGGAAAAGGCAGAAACUAGUGGGAAGACGAGAGGACCGAAUGAUGUCCCUGUUCAACAAGAGCCUAGUAGAGACAGAGAGAGCAUUGCCUACAAAUCAGAAACUGGGAGAUCAUCCAAAAAAGAUGCUCAGAGUGGCAGCACAAUCUCUCCUGUCACUCUGACCUCUCCACCCUUUACAUACUUGAGCUUGCUCGAAAAUUUGAUGUCCAAACCACUUCUCCAAACCAUUGAGAUACACGUCAAAGCUUUCAUUGUGACUCUCUUGGGAAAACUGAGCAGCAGUAAUGGUGUUUGGAGUGUUUCCGCUACAAUAUCUGACGGAACUGGUUACCUGGAUGUGGAGUUGUCCAAUGAGGUUUUGACAGGCCUUCUGGGCUUCUCAGUAGCAGAGAAGGGGGCUCUGAAGCGUGACCCAUCCAGGAGAGGUGAGCUGGAUGCUGGGAUGAGGAGAUGCCAGGAAGAGCUUGUGGACAUGUGCUGCAUUAUGACCGUUAUUGUUCAACCAGAGGGCAGGAAAGCUGUGGUGACCAAAGCAGACCCAGUCAGUGAGAAAAUACUCCAGGAGCUGGAGCAGAGGGUGAGAGACAGGAGAAAAUAAACAUAGAGGUUGAGGGGAAGUGGGCGAUAAUGAGAAAAUUGCAGGCAGCGGAAAAGUAUAUUGCCCUUAAGGAGAGAUGAAAAAUUGCCAACAAAACCGUGGUAGAUGUAGCAUCACUCAACAGCCUUGAAAGUUUUCUUUCUAUGUAAUGCAACUAUUAGUUGCAUUACAUGGAAAAAAAAAAUUAUGUUAGCUUCAAACUAAGGUAGUUAUUUUAAUUGGUGAUCAACCUGCCCUUCUGCUUCAGAUUUGGAGAGCAGAAGGUGUGAAAUGGUGAUCAGCAUCCCAUCUGCUAUAUGUGAAUGUGACAUUCUGCCAUUUGUCAUUGGUGGAUUUCAUUCAUCUAUUCUUGAGUUCUUUUUUUUUUUUUUUUUUUUUGCCUAAAAUGUUCUGCAUUGCUCACAAGCAGACUAAACAGAUUCAUGAAACAAAGAUUGUUAUCUGAAAAUUAGUUCAGACACCUCAGGUUUUAGGACCCCAAAUUCUGCGUUAUGUUGAGUACUACACGAAGAGCGGAGUGAAGUAUAUGAGAUGAGAGGCGGAAUGGGGGGGGUGUUCAUCGUCUGAUUGUGGUAAUGAAUUGCCAGCCUUUGCAUUCAUUCAGUACAACCAUUACUUCUUACUGAAAAGUGAUUGAAUAGCCAAGGGCAAUGUGGGUCUUUAAUAAACUCCCUCAGAGAAGAAUGAGAGGAAAGAAAGAUAAAGGAGAGGCCAUGAGCUUCGAUUAUUCCUGUUCAUUACAGAGCCUCAUCUGUUUUCGUCUUUUAAGAACACGCAUACCACUAUUUUAAUGCGUUGUCUCCAUUUACUGUAUAGUGAACGUUUUUAUAAUUUUCUCUUGCACUCUGUGACUAAUAAAAUGUG